AUGCCUGCUAAGAACUUAGCAAUUGUGUGGGCUCCCAACCUCUUCAGAUCCCAGCAGAACGAGUCUGCCUGCGCCAGCGGAAGAGCUGCCUGCAUGGAACUGCAGAGGCAGUCGGACGUGGUAGAAUUCAUCAUCAACCACGCAGACGUCCUCUUCUGCUCCACACCCACAUCAGGCAUCGGAGAUGGAGCAGGGCGCAGUUCUCCAUCAGGGCCCAAGUCUGUGCGGGUGUCUUCUCCCGCCACCAUGCUGCUCAGCGUGGAGGAGGCACAGGCACAGAGGCGAGGCCACAGCAGCCCUCCCGCACUGACACGCAGCACAAACAUCGAAGUGGAAGAAGGGCCCCGCAGCUGCAGGGGGCAAAUUUCCACACAGUCAUCGACUUUCCGUCUGAAAGGUAAAGAGGACUUUCUUUCCCAGCACCUUCCUAUCAGGCGUGGUUGGGUGGGCUUUUGUGGGUUUUUCUCCACAAGUGCUAGUGCACAAACUUGCAGAAGCUACGUGACGUUAAUGGUGCGUGUGGUGUUUGUACUCCGUCUCCGCUCCCUUUGGACUCUGAGAUUCAACUAA